AUGACAUCCCAAGAUUUCGACAGCAGCAACAUCAAACCUAUAAAACCAACCGCAACCACCACCGCCCCAACAGACAGCCGAUCCCCAUCAUCAUCAAAACCCAAAGGCGACCCCACCUCCGCCCUCCGCCAUGCCACCACCCCGGCCGAAAUCCGCACCGCCCUCGCAGCCCUGCAUGCGCGCGAAUCCGCCCUCGCUACACGCCUCACGACCCUCAUGUCCUCCCACCAGGACGUAUCCCGCCCCCUCGCCCGGCUCGACAACCUCCGAGCGGGACUCGGGGCGCAGGUGAUCGCGGCGCGAGGGAUCAGCAACGGGAUGCUUUCAGGGGCAGCCGAGACGGCAGCACGACUGUCCGGUCGGGUGCGCGCGCUGGACCUGGAGAAGCGGCGGGUCGAGGAGACGCUGUCGGUGGUUGAGCAGGUGGCCGAGCUGAAGGCGUGCGUGGCGGGGGUUGUGGGGAGCAUGGGCGCGCCCCAGGACUGGGAGGCAGCCGCGGGCUACAUUGCCCGCGCCGCGCGCGUGCCCGACGACAUUGUGCGCGGCGGGUUUGCGGCUGCUGUGGUCCCCACCGUUGAGGUGCCUGACCCGCCUUGGGUUACACUUGAGUCGGCUAGGGAGAGUCUGUGUAGUCUGUUCUUGAGGGAGUUCAAGAAGGCGGCUGCGGAGGGCGACGAGGCGAGGGUCACGAGGUUCUUCAAGCUGUUUCCGCUCAUUGGGAGGGGCGAUGUCGGCCUGGAUGUGUACGGCCAGCAUGUGUGUCAGGGUGUGGCGGGCGAGGCACGGGCGGUGCUGAAAGAGUCGGCUGUUACAGUUGGUGGCCAGGGGAGGAAGGAUGGGUUGUUCUAUGCAAACGCUCUGGCCAGGCUUUUUGAUCAUAUCGCGCGGAUUGUCGAGUCGCAUAGCAGCCUUGUAGAGAGACAUUAUGGGACGGGCAAGAUGGUCAAGGUCAUUGAGAGGCUCCAGAUGGAGGCUGACGUCCAGGGCGGCAUCAUAUUGGACUCGUGGAGCGACGAGCGGACUGUGGAUCGGAGGUUAACCGACGUCAGGAGUUACCCGUUUUCGUUCCUGGUUCAGAGCUUCCUGCCCCAGCAGAAUCGCGGCUUUGGAGGGACACCGCGCGUGAACUCGCCUGCUGUGGGGGGCGGUACCACUAAUACCCGAAACAGCGAGGACGAGGGCGUCAACAUGAAGGAGGUCGCCGCGUUGCUGGGGGAAAUUUCUGUGAUUCUGGGGCGGUGGUCACUGUACUCGCGAUUCCUUGCUGGAAAGUGCAAGGAUCCUGAUUCUCCUGAUGGGGCGCCGCUCUCCAUGCCUGACGUGCUCGUCAAGUCCAACCUCAGCAGAAAGAUCUCGGCCAAGCUCGUGGGCCCAUACAACGAGUUAACCUUGUUCUACUUCCGUCGAUCAGUCGAGAAGGCAUUCCAGCUGGACGAGUCUCCAAGCGGACUGUCGUUGAACAUGAAUAAGCCAAUAGAGAGCAACCCGCCGUUCAUCGUCUCGGCCGUGGACGACGUCAUGUACAUUGUCAGCACGGUCAUUCUACGGCAAUCCAUCUCGACAUCCCAAAGAGUCGUUAUAGACUCGGUCAUUUCUACCGUUUCAAGCGUUCUUGGCGCCGAUUUUGUGGGCAUGAUCCAGCGCAAAAUGCGCUACGAGUCGUUUCCAAAAGCCGCCGUCCAAGGCAACCUCCCACCGGAGGAUAAGAUUAUCUCAUUUAUCGUCCUGAUCAACAGUCUGGACGUGGCCAACGAUUAUCUUGCCCGAAUUGUCUCCAAUCUCCUAGCAUCCCCCGAACACCACACAAACGGCGCCGCUUCCUCUCAUGCUCCGUCCCUCAAAGACUCCUUCCCCUUCAGAAACGACGCCGCCGAAGUGACGACCCGUCUCAGGAACCUCAACACCUCCUUCACCUCCAAGACCAGCGAGCUCCUCAACGAGGGCAUCAAAGCCCUCUUCAACCAGGUGGUCAAGCCCCGCCUGCGGCCCGUGCUGACCGACACGUUCCGCGACGCCGACUACACGCUGACCGAGGAGGAGCUGGCCGAGCUGGUGGAGCUGGCGGCGCAGAACGACCAGACCGAGGACGACGUGCUGGAGCAGGUGCCGCGCCGCUUCGAGCAGGGGUGGGAUCUGCUCAUGAAGCCCAUCGCCCGGCUCAUGACGCCGCGCACCUUCACGACCCUGCUCGACAUGACGGCCGACUACCUCUCCCGCGUGCUUGAGAAGCGCGUCUGGAGCUAUGCCGGCGGCAGGACCAGCCCGUACGGCGCCAUCCGCAUGGAGAGGGACUUUAGCGGCAUCAUUGGGACGAUUAGCAGAGGGAACUAUGCUGUCAGGGAGAUGUUUGGGAGGACGGCGCAGAUACUGAUGGUGGCGAAUAUGGAGGACGAGGAGUGGGAGGAGUUGGCUGGCGAGGGGGGUGAUGGAAGUGACGGCGGGAUGCAGUGGUUGCUGACUGAGGAUGAGAGGCGGAGGGCGAGAAGCAUUGUCAGGACAUGA